AUGGGCUUGUUUCGUGCUCCUAAACUGGCAGACUAUUGGUCAAAAAAGAAGAUAUAUGUGAACCAAAUUGCAGGCGUGAUGUCGCGCAACAGAUUUGAGUUGUUGUUGGCGAAUUGGCAUUUUCAAGAUAAUCAAACAGCCGACACUUCUGAUAGAUUGUACAAACUUGGACACCUCCUGGAGCAGCUUAGAACGAACUUUCAAAAGUACUUCAUUCCCAAAGACCAGAUAUGCGUGGAUGAAACGCUUGUCCCUUUCCGUGGAAGGCUGGCUUUUAUUCAGUAUAUCAAGAAUAAACGGCACAAGUUCGGAGUGAAAUUGUAUAAAUUAUGUCUUGAUGGAGGCUAUACCUAUGAUUUGAAAAUCUAUUGUGGCGAGGAAAAAGUGCAAGGGUCAAGCGUACCAACGAACAUCGUUAUGAACAUUUGCGAACCACUUUUGAACUGCGGACGAUGCAUUUAUGUAGAUAACUACUACACCAGUAUGGAGCUAGGACACAAGUUACUCGAGAAAAAAACUCACUUAGUGGGUACGCUAAGAAAAAAUCGUAAAAAUAAUCCGAAAGAUGUUAUACACAAAAAGCUGAAGAAGGGUGAAUCAUACAGUCAAGAGAGUAAUACGGGAGUUGUAAUAACAAAAUGGCAUGACAAAAGGGAAGUCCUUACUUUAUCUACUAAACAUACUGGCCAAAUGGUUACAGUGAGAUCACGACGUAAUGCGGAAGUAGAAAAGCCCGACGUUGUUGCUGACUAUAAUACAUGCAAAGCAUUUAUCGAUUUAUCGGAUCAGAUCAAAUCAUAUUCCUCAGCUUUGAGAAAAGGGAUAAAAUGGUAUAGAAAAAUUGCCGUGGAAUUGAUUCUAGGAUCAGCCAUGGUAAAUGCAUAUAUCCUGUUCAAAGCAGUAACUGGACAAAAAAUGACUAUAACAACAUUCAGAGAAGAAGUUGCUUCAUGCCUUCUAAAUUUCUCACAAGAACACCAGAACGAGCAAGAAGAUACGCAAGCAAAUCAAAUAAAACAUAUUUUACUUCUAAUAGGCGAAGAUGUUGCAUAUGCUACUGUAAAAUAUCAAAAGAAAAGGGAAGAACCGUGGCAGCCAAAACCACUGCACAAACUAGAUGGAAGUGCAUUCAAUGCGAUAAACACUACUGCGUGA